AUGCCUGAUUCUCCGUUCGUGUUUGCGCUUUUCGAUCUCAUACGAAAGUUGAGCAGCAAUUUCGAUCAUCAGUUAGCAAGGCGAAUACUACGCGAAGCCAUAGAACAUCAUCUCAAAGGGCCGUUGGUACUAGAAUGGGCACCUAACAUGCGUGUUAAUUUGGCCCCCCUCACUGGCCGACGAGUCGUUAACACUCAGCUAGGGGUUGACCAGACUAUGCGAACCAUUGACAAAACGUCGAAGACGAUGGCGGACGAAGAAUCCGUUCGUCGAAGCAGCGAUCAAGUUCGGAACAGACAAAAAGAACGAGUCAAGGGCAGUCCUCGUACCAAAGAAACGCGAGGGUCAAAUGAAGCUUCUGUGGAGGUACGAGGAACGGUGUCUCAAAACAGAGCGCCCUCUGUUGACGAAGACGGCGGCGUUAAACGUAAGCCAGUGGUGAAAUACCUCGCCGGUCAGGCCCAAAUAAACACUUUUGCUGAUUAA